AAGCUUUCAUAGAUUAUCAGCACAUCCACAUUUUAGUUCAUUCUUCUUGAGUUCAACCUUCUGCACUAAACUCAGCUUUCUUAUUGCCUGUUAAGCAAUCAACAGUUCAAGCAAAACAUACCAAUGGCCGGUUUCAACAGCCAAAGAUGGUCUCUAAAGGGUAUGACCGCCCUCGUCACUGGUGGAACUAAAGGCAUCGGAUAUGCCAUAGUAGAAGAGCUAGCAGGACUUGGUGCAACCGUGCAUACUUGUGCUCGUAACGAAGCACAGAUUAUUGAGAGGCUUCAAGAAUGGGAAGAUAAGGGAUUCAAAGUGACAGGCUCAGUUUGUGAUCUCACUUCUAAAGCUCAAAGAGAAAACCUCAUCAAAACCGUCUCCUGUAUUUUCAAUGGCAAGCUUAACAUCCUUGUAAAUAAUGCUGCAAUAUGUACUCUCAGAAGUACUGCAGAUUACACUUUGGAAGAUUUUUCAGGCAUGAUGGGCACCAAUGUUGAAUCUCCCUACCAUCUUUCUCAACUUGCAUAUCCUCUCUUGAAAGCCUCAGAAGAUGCAAGUAUUGUAUUUGUCUCCUCUAUUGCUGGUCUGAAAGCUCUACCCAGACUAUCUGCCUAUGCAGCAACCAAAGCUGCAGUGAUACAGAUUGCAAAAAAUUUGGCAUGUGAAUGGGCAAAAGACAACAUUCGUACAAACACUGUGGCACCAUGGGCUGUCAACACUGGGGCUAAAGUCGAAAAUGAUGGUCAUGCUGAAGAUUUCAGACGGCUGAUAGGUCGAACUCCCAUCCGUCGUCUUGCACAGCCUAAUGAAAUUUCGUCUCUGGUGUCCUUCCUUUGCCUCCCUGCUGCUUCUUUCAUCAAUGGACAAGUGAUUAGCGUUGAUGGAGGAUUCACUGUUAGUGGUUUCUAGCAAACUGAGUAGUAAUAUGCAGGGUUGCCAAUUUUCAACCUACCAUCAGUCCCCAACAUUUGUUAUCCUUUUCCAUUAAUUUGAAGAUGUAUAGAUUUACAUUUAAUCAAUUUCCUAAUAACUCUUGUCCAAAAAGUAUGUAAUGUGUACGUUGGCGUUUAUGUUGUUUUUUUUUUUUUUUUUUUUAAGGAUAAUAAAUUUUAACAUCAGUUCAAGCUCAAGUA